CGCGGUCGGGGUUUCUUGGUGGAAAUGUGAAGGAAAUCAAGUAGCCUUUGCACGGAAGGAACGGACGGCCGACCAUCCAUUUGACGAGGCCAGAGGUUGGCAGUUGAACUACAGCUCUCGUAGGCAAUGGAGUUGCCAUCAAUGGUGGAACGCUCUGGUGGCCGCUUGGUGGUUCGCAAUCUAUUCAAUAAUACGCCCAUGUAUCACAUGCCUGUGGAAAAUAAUGCUGACGAUGACCCCGAGGCCCCGGAGGCGAAUAUGCCAUUACUCGCACAGGAAGUCACAUGGUACCAGGAACAGCCCACCGAGGGCCAACUGCCGCAAUUGCCGCAGUGCAAGAUACGCAGGAACUACAGCUGCAACCAGUGCGCAUUUUUCACACAGAAUCCGCGCAGUCAUCUGUCGCACCUGCGCGAUGUACACGGCGAACGGAUCAUCAUAAACGAGUGCAAGCUGUGCCUCUAUGCCUCGCGUCAUUUCCAGAAGCUGGUGCGUCACAUGAAGAUGGUGCAUGGCUGCACCGAUACCGAUAGGCGACUGCCCGGCGAAGAGGGGCAGGGGCGUGGCAAGCGCAAUCUAAGUCGCGAGGCACGCAAGCGUCGCCUGGAGGAGAGCAUCGAAAUGCCACGUCUGGCUGGAGCUAUGGCUGGGGAUGGUGCUGGUGGCGGUGCCGGUGCCGGAGCAGGUGACUGCAAUACCAUUUCUCCCGGCCUGGUGCACAUAAUGCAGAACGGGCCCUCGCUGGAGCAGCUAAAGACUGAGCUGAAGCAGCAGGAGCAGGAAUUGCUGGUCAAGGUGCAGGCCUACAAUCGCCAACAGGAGAUGCAGGAGCUGCAGAAGAUCGUGGCCAAUGGUGAUAAUAUCUUCUCGAUGGCCUUCGAGUUCCAGCGCAAGAUGAUGCCACCCAAGCUGGACUCAAACGAGUCCGUCCUAACGGAUUCGCAGAACAACAACAGCAGCUCCGAUUCCGAGGGCAGCAGUCCGGGCAACGAGGAGGCUGCCAUGGCCAACGACCCAAAGAAGUAUCAGUGCCAGAAGUGCUCGUAUAGCACUCCGCUUCGUGCCCGAUUCAAGAAGCAUGUCAAAUACCAUUCGAUGCCCUUGAUCAAGUGUGACUUGUGCGACUUCCACUCGCCCUACAAGUGGAAUCUGGACAGGCACACCAAGAAUCAUGGCGCCGAUGGGCACUUUAAGUGCAGCCUCUGCGACUUCAGCACGGACAUCAAGCAGUCCCUGACCAUACACGAGCUGAACCAUCAUGUGCCCGCCGUGGGCCAUCCCACUCGUCGUCGUGCCCUCAAGGAACUGGAUGACCAAUUGGAUCUGGGACCGAGCAGCUCAAAAAAGCCAUUGCCACCAACGCCACCAGUUACACCGCACGUGGACGCAUCGCUAGAGUUGCCCGGAAUCAGCUGCUCCCACUGCCAUCAGCUGGUGCCAAAUGCCAUGGAGCUGGUCAAGCAUCUUCAGUUGUGUCCGCCUGCUUUGGCCAACACAAAGCAUCUACGGGCUUCUUGUCUGGCCAGCCAAGAGCUGACGGCUUCAGCGGAGGAGGAUUACCCAGCACCAGCAAGUGAUCUCAGCUACUGCGGCGUGGAAACGGCCCCUGGCUAUGGAGAGGUCACGGAACCGUACUUGGUCGAUGAUGCCAAUGAUUCGACGCCCAUGAAGAAGGUCUUCAAGUGUCCACAUUGCACUUUUUGGGCAGCCACUGCCUCGCGCUUCCAUGUCCACAUUGUUGGUCAUCUUAAUCGGAAGCCCUUUGAGUGCUCGCUGUGCGCCUAUCGCUCCAACUGGCGCUGGGACAUCACCAAGCAUAUCCGCUUGAAGGCCAAUCGUGACAAGUCCCACAAUCAGGCCCGUGUGCUGAUGAACGAUGAGACCGGACGGCGCAACUACACAAAGUACAAUCAGUAUUUGACUCUAAUGAAGGUCAAUCCAAGCAUGGAGGAGUCCAAGGCCACACGCACGGCUGAACAAUACGAGACUAUGACAGAGAUGAUGGCCGAUGAAGGACAGCCCAAGAAGAAGCCGUCUAUAAAGCACGUCAUUGACAUUGAGGGUGUGGAUUCUCACACUGCUGCUGGCCAGUCAUUCUAUCGCAAUCUCUGGGAUACGGAUCUGGGGCUGCAGCAGCCCCAAACACCCACAGACGUGAAUGUGUCCCCCCCAAACGAUGAACAAUAUUAGAGAGGGCUCCAAUCCAUCCGAGAACAAAUUGACACUGAAAUGAACAAAGAAAGACUAGUCCUAUAAUUAUUUAUCCUAACCUACUUGUAAAUAAUUUAAAUAAAACAUUUUUACACUGAAA